UUUCCUCGCACCCAGAACAUCGUUCCCUAUGCCCGGCCCUCGCGCUCGUCCUUCUGGAAGGCCUCCUCCUUUCCUUCCCAUUUUGCGGGGCCGACGCCGAAAUCCCAGGGUCCUUUGGGAGUCAGUCCUGGUCCCCAGCCUGUUCUCCUAGGAGAGUGUCUCACUCCAGACGCUUUUCAAGGCUGGGGCACAGUUGCCAGCCCACCACUUCACCCAGUGCAUGGCUCCGCUUUGCUUAGCUUUUGGUUUUGUUUUUGGCUUUUACAUGCACCGGCCCAAGUGGUGCCAGCCAUCCACAGUUCGCUGGGGUCAGCUAGCACGAUGCCAUGGAGUCAGCAUCAGCCCCUGCCUUGCCUCGUGGUGUGGUCAUACUCCGCCCCCAGAGCCAGUCCCUCAGGUUGCCUCACUUAAGUCAACAUGUCCCGGAGAUCGUGGGGACAGAAGCACCCCGGCACAGCCCAGCCGGAAUCCGCCUCCUGCCUGCUGCUCUUCCCAUCCUCAGUGCUCCUGCUCACCCUGAACUAUGGUCCCACCUGCCUGACUGAUCGUUCCUUCUUUGCAGGGCACUUUCCGUGGCUCUUCAACCUCACCCUGGAAGCCUGGGAUGAAUUCCUUUGCCCACCUCUCGUCAUCAUCUCCCAACAGUCCAGUGUUGUACCCAACUGUUUAUAAUAUCCUGGGAGCUCUGUGGCCACCUCACCUCCACUCAUUUGUCCCCAAGACUUCUUCCUGUUCUCAGUUCUUGUUAGCAGUCAGCUCCUGUGACCCCCUCCUUCCAUGAAGCUUUCCUGGCCUCACCCACCCCUAGUCUCAGGUCCUCUCUGUCCUGGCCUCAGCUCCCUGGGCUGGGCCUGGUGUCUGCCUUUCCCUGGCCAGGGCCUCUUGGCUGACACCUUGACCCCUCCUUUUCUAUAGGUCCCUCUUGGCGGCUACAGGAAGACACUCCUCCCCCCAAGAUAGAAUGCCAUCCUCUUUUGGUCCUCCAUGCCUGCCCCUCAUGGACCCUGAAACCACCCUCGAAGAGCCUGAAGCUGCACGCCUGCGUUUCCGGGGGUUCUGCUACCAGGAGGUGGCAGGUCCCCGAGAAGCCCUGGCCCGGCUGCGCGAGCUGUGCCACCAGUGGCUACAGCCUGAGGCAUACUCCAAGGAGCAGAUACUGGAGCUGCUAGUGCUGGAGCAGUUCCUGGGUGCACUGCCCCCUGAGAUCCAGGCCUGGGUGCGAGGUCAGCGGCCAGGCAGCCCUGAGGAGGCCGCUACCUUGGUUGAGGGGCUGCACCAUGAUCCUGGUCAGCUGCUGGGCUGGAUCACAGCUCACGUCCUGAAGCCGGAGAUGCUCUCUGCAGCCCAGAAGACAGAGGAGUCCUCUGGGAGCCCCUACCCCUCAGAGACAGUGGAGCCCCCUGGGGCAGCCCCCGGGGAGGGUCCACAGGAUGCCAGGAUGGAGGGGUCUGCCCAGCUCAGCUACAGUGUGAAGGAGGAGCCCAAUGCCAGUGGGCAGGAGAUGGCACCCUCCAACCCACCACUUCCAGUCCAGCCCCCUGAGGCCCACCUUGGACAUCAGGAACCAGCCUCCACAUCCUCUCAUCUACCCAGAAUUCAGGAGGAAUGGGGGCUGCUGGACCUGUCGCAGAAGGAGCUUUACUGGGAUGUGAUGCUGGAGAAGUACGGCACUGUGGUCUCGCUGGGCUUACCGCCCCCCAGGCCGGAAGUGCAUGCAGAGGCAGAGCCUGGGACACCGAGCGUGGGGACCGAGGUCCUCAGAAGCCUCCGCCCUGGUGAUCACUGCGAGGGUCCUCCCUGCUGCCCAGAGGCCCAGCUGCCCCAGGGUCCAGGACCUGUUACCUGGGAGGGCCCAUCUAGGGCUACUGCAUCCACCCUGGGGACACCCAUUGCGUGUCCCCCGCCCACAGCCCCAGGGGUUGGGCUAGAGCCAGGCACCCCUCCAAGGAAGCCCUACACAUGUGAGCAGUGUGGCCGUGGCUUCGAGUGGAAGUCAGUAUUCGUCAUCCAUCAUCGGACACACGUGCGGGCCCCAGAGUUGGCCAUCGGGGGAGCAGAGAAGUCGCCGCAGGGUCCCCGGGAGCCAGCUGCUCCUCGCCACCUCAGGCGCUCACUUGCAGGCCCCCGGAGCUACUCGUGUGAAGAGUGCGGGCGCAGCUUCAGCUGGAAGUCGCAGCUGGUCAUCCACCGCAAGAGCCAUGCUGGGCAGCGGCGCCACUUCUGCAGUGACUGUGGCCGGGGCUUCGACUGGAAGUCUCAGCUGGUCAUCCACAGGAAGAGCCACCAGCCAGAGGCUUCAUAAGCAGAUAUAGAGGGCGCUAGCCUUGGAGGUCUCGGGGGCUGGCUCCAGUACAGCUCUGUCUGGGAGUCUCUGAAGGCAGAAGGGGACACUGGACUGAACCAGGGGUCCCAAGAGAGUCUUUUCCCUGGCCUGGCCUCCCACAAAAGGCCACCUGGGUGUGAGGAAAAGAAGCUGCUGCUUCUCCUCCUGCGCCUGCCUUCUGGAGUGAGGUCUGGAUUGGAAUUCAUGGGUUACUAGUGAAUGUGGGGUGACUGCCAAGCCCUGAGCACCUCACCUGUGCCAUAGUGCAGACUGAGGACAAUUCCUCCUCCUGGGACUUUGUUUCCCAGGUGGAUGCUCAAAAGCUUUGCCUUCCUGCCUCUUGGGCUGGACCUGAGGUCUCAGAGUGGAAGGCAGCAGAAAGCCCAGGAAAGCAUGGCUGGCUUUUGUUUGUCCGGCUCCAUGUGACCCUUGAACCUCCACAUGCAUGUUAGAUUUUUAACAUAAAUUCUUGAUUUCUGGCUUCUGCUGGUCAGAAGAUCAGCAAGGUGCUCUCCCUGCCUGGCAGCUGGAGCCGCAAGGCAGCUGAGCCCAGAAGUGCCAACCCUCCUGUUGCCAUAGCCCCCAAUUCCCCAGCCUACCUGGUUCCUUGGCUGCCGACAUCACCCACAAUUUCGCCGGCCUUUGAGCUCUUGAGCCCAGGCUUGGGUGGACAAUAAGGGGACUUCCUUUUCAAGCAUGGAUGAACAAGGGUGACCUCUGAGAAGAGAGGCCACAAACAGGCGUCACAGAGACUGUGUGUACUUCUAGGUCAGGGCUGCACCCCAUGUGGUCAGUUGGUCACACAGCAGGAGGGCAAACGGCCUGCCCCCUGCUGCCAGAGAGAGCUGGUUGCAUUUACGAGCAGUCACUCGUGACUUACCCGUGCACCAUAUGAGCUUCCUAUUGCUGCUCUAACAAACUUGGUGGCUUGAAACAACACAUUUAUUCUACUAGGGCUCUGAAGGUCAGAACUGUGAUUGGGUGUCACUGGACUAAAAGCAAGGUAUCAACAGGGCUGAUUCCUCCUGGAGGCUCCAGGAGAGAAUCUGUCUUGUUGCCUUCUCUAGCUUCUGGAAGCUGCCUGAAUUCCUUGGCAUGUGGCCCCUUCGUCUUCAAAGCCAGCAAUGAAUGGUCAAGUCUGUCUUAGGCUUCCAGCUCUCUGACUCUGGUCCUCCUGCCUCCUUCUCAUAAAGACUUUGGUGAUCACAUUUAGGUCCUCCUGGUAAUCCACGAUAAUCUCCCCAUCUCAAGGUCUUUCAUCACAUCU